AGUACCUAUAUUGGCUCUGGAAACCGUAAGGCAUUUGUGGUGCUUCGAGAUAACUACCUGAAUUCUACAGAAACGUUUCCUCUAUGCCUCUCGAAAGGAUCAACAUCAGUUCAACGUGGACUUUUCCUAGCCUGUUUCUUUUAUGUUUUAUCUAUGUCGUCGUGUUUUCAAUUUUGGACCUCAACAGUGAAGCUGGAUCUUCUGAGCUUCCUCCUAAGAUAGCGAUUGUGAUGGUUCUUACAGGGGAUACGAAAGAAAAUAACUAUCAAACGGCAUUUGAUACCAUAAGAUGUUAUGCCAAAAUCCAUAACUAUGAAUUUGUUCUUGCUGUGGAUACAGAUUACAAUUGUCCUCACAAAGAUAAAUUCUUCCGUCGUCACUGUGUUGUUGCAAAGAUUCUCCCACUUUAUCAAGCAGUUUUAUUCUUAGAUGCAGAUAUUGGAGUUGUAAAUCCGCAGCGAAAAAUCGAAGACUUCCUCAGACGUGGAAUUGAUAUUAUAUUUGCAAAUAGAUUUUACAAUUGGGAAAUUGCAGCUGGCUAUUACCUUGUAAGAAAUACGACGUUCGCAGUUGACUUACUUAAUGAAUUUGCUGAUUAUGAAUACAAACUGCCGAAUAGCUUUCACGGGACUGACAAUGGAGCGCUUCAUAUUCUUCUUGCUGAAAAACUAUUCCCAUACGCCUCGAUCGAGACUGAGAUGUGCAGAAGUGCCUAUAACAAAUCCAAAAAUUUUAAUGAUUUGUUCACAUAUGAAGCAUGUAUCAAAGCAAUGAUGGGUGUCGGAACGGAUUUUGGAAAAGUUCGAAUUCUGAAAAAAGGAACCGGUUGGGCUAGAGAUGGAUGGCUGACUUCAAUGAUGUGGCAUCCUGAAAUAGAUUUUAUGAUUCACGGUUGGAAAUCUAAUCAGUUGAAACCAACACCAAACACUCCUCUGAAACCAAAAGAAAUGGGAACAAGUCAAUGGUACAACCCGUUGAACGGGACGAUUGAUCUUGCAAAGUGUCACCCUGGUAACUCUACAUGGUCGUUCGAUCGGCGCCUUCUUGGGGACAAAGAGGAAAUCCUGAAUAGUCUUAAGAAGUUUGAAGAACAAAUUAUUAUUCAACAGAUGAAAUCAUAUGCUCGUAUGAAAGAGUUUUUGUGAUUAUAAUUCAUAAUCUGUUCAGUAGUUCACGUCUGUUGCUGUUUUUAUCAAUAAAAACAUUUCUCCUA